AUGCAAAGCCAUAGCAAACUGCGUAUUGCCUCUGCAUCCGCACAACCUGCUGUGCCCGGGCUCCAUGGUUGGGCAGACCUCCCAGAUGGUCCACUAAGCUCCAUUCUUGCACUGUCAGGGUCCUUCCGUGAUGUUCUUGCCUUCGUGGCAACAUGCCGCUCUUGGUGUGCUGCAUUCUCCUCAUACCCAAACAGAUCUGCCUUCUGCACCAGAUUCCCACCUCUCCUCGUCCAAUUCAAUGCAUGUGUUCAAGCUCCUGAUCUCCCGUCUAACAAGGGUCGUCACGAGCUACGCACAUGUAAGGUCAUUGAUCCAAUCAACAAGAACAUUGCCCUUCGCUGCCAGAUUCCUCAAGCAAUUUACCAGGAGAUGCAUUUUGCUGGCACUUCCUAUGGUCAACUAAUUUGCUGCCUUGCUGGAUAUUGUCUUGUUGUUGAUGUGUUCAGUGGUGCCGAGGUUUCUCCUCCACGUCUCCCAUUCAGCAGUGAUUUUGAGAGUGAGUUCUACGUCAGCGGCACUCUGACGGCUCCCCUUGCAUCACCCAACUCACACCUCCUUGUCAGCACUGCAACCUCGUUUGAUUGGCCAGUGGGAAGUGACUCUUGGUCUGAGCUCCAGUUUUCUGAUGCAUGGAUAGUACAGAUUGUGGAAUUAAAUGGUCAGUUUCUUGCCAUGGAUGAUUGGUAUAAGAUCUACACUUUGCAGUUGUCCCCCCAGCUUGGUCUUCAGGAGAUAACAACUGAGUGGGUCGGCGACUUGGCCCCAAGCUCAUAUGUGGAUCCAUGGUUAGUGGUCUGCGGCAACAUGCUGCUCAUGGUUUCCUGUUUCAAGACAAUGAGUCCAGGCUGCUUACCCCACCACCUUGAUAUGUCGACCAACCCUGCAAAAUGGGUGGAGGUAAACCAGCUCGAUAAUUGGGCACUCUUUGUUGCGGGUGAUGUGAGGAGCCCACUGUUUUCUUGCAUGAGCCCUGAAAGAUGGGGAGGGAGGAGCAAGUGGCUGUACUAUGCCGGCUGUCGCUCCUUUAUUGCACAUGGAGUGGGCGAUGAGCGUGAUCCAUCUGCCAGUCCUAAGCUAGAGUACAAGAGAAGCUGUUCCAGAGAGUUACAGCCCCUCUGGGUGUAUCCAAGCACGUUCUACUCUGAUGCCCAGUGA